CUUUUUCAUCACUGUUUGUCCCUACUGCUUGAACCGCUGAUUGCAGCUGGUCAGGAGGGUGUGGAGAUGGUAUGCACUGACUUGUUUGUUCAGCGAGUGUUCACCAUACUGGCUGCCUAUGUUGCUUAUUUCUCUGAACAGUGCCUUAUUGCAUGC